GCUUGUCUUAAAAAUCAUAGGCAAGAAGAAAAAGCUAAUUUCAAGAUAAAAAGAAUGAUGGUUAACAGUGCUUUGAUGCUUCAGGUUCUUCCAGUGGUUAUUCUCCUAGGGACCACAUGUUUGGGCGCUUCUCAUUUUUCCUUCUGGGCCAACGUGAUGGAAGAUGAGACUGAUGACUAUGAGAACUAUUACUACUCUACAGAACCGAAGCAGGACCCCAGCCUCCAGCAGGAGCUCUCGGAGGAAUUUAGCUGGAUCGAGAGAUCUUUAGGUGACAUCUUUUACAUGGAAGACUCAUGCUCCUCCAACCCCUGCAAGAAUGGUGGUAUGUGUGAAGCCAGAGGAAGUGACUUCAGCUGUCGCUGCCCCAAGCCAUACAGUGGGACUACAUGUGAAAAAGUGGAGGACACGUGUCUGGAGAAGAACUGCCACUUUGGUGACUGCCUGAUUAUAUUAACCCCACCUUAUUUUAAGUGCAGCUGCAAGCCUCCCUACAAGAGACCCUCCUGUCAGCACGCAUCCAAACAGUGCAGCCCAAACCCUUGCAAAAAUGGAGGCACCUGCAAACGGAACAGAUACAGAUCAAAAUUCACCUGCGAGUGCCCUGAACCUUUCAGAGGGAGAUUCUGCGAGAUCGGACCAAAUGAUUGUUAUGAAGAGGACUCCUCUACAUAUAGAGGUAGAGUGAACCAAGCGGAAAAUGGCAGGACCUGCCUGCACUGGAAUUCCCACCAUCUCUUGGACCAUCCUUUUAAUGCUUUUAUGGAGGAUGCUGACUCAUAUGGCAUUGGUGAACACAACUUCUGCAGGAAUCCUGAUGAGGAUGAAAAACCCUGGUGCUACAUCAGGAAAAAUAAUGAAGUGGAUUGGGAAUACUGUGAUGUUUCACCCUGCUCAGCUGAAGAGACCCCAACAGAACCCCCUACAGACCCCCCUGAAAUAUUCCAAACAUGUGGACAACCAGAAGUUCGUAGGACACUCAAGAAGAUCUAUGGUGGAUCCAAGGCUACACCUGGAAAACAUCCCUGGAUGGCAUCUCUGCAGAGACAGACUCCAGAUGGGAAUGAACAUUUCUGUGGUGGAGUGCUAAUUAAAUCUUGCUGGGUUCUUACUGCUGCACACUGCCUUGAAAAACUAACAACAAAGAUCCAAGUAGUCCUUGGCAAGCAGAACCUCAAGAAGAAAGAGGAUCAUGAGCAAAUAUUUGAUGCAGUGCAAAUAAUUUUACAUGGGAAAUACAGAGAGGAGAGGGGUGGUGCCCUAUACAAUGAUCUUGCACUACUUAAACUGCAGCCUGUUGAUGGUUACUGUGCAGUGGAAACAAAGUAUGUGAAAAUAGCAUGUCUCCCUGACUUCUUCCUUCCUGCUGGGACCUCCUGCUUUAUUUCUGGAUGGGGUGAUACAGAGACAGGUGACCCAUCCCAUCAGCUGUUAGAUGCCAAUGUCAAGCUGAUUUCACAAAGGAAAUGCAAUGAACCCAAACUACAUGAUGACAAACUGGAUGAUAGCAUGUUUUGUGCAGGAAACCUUCGGAAACCUGGAAUCGAUUCCUGUCAGGGAGACUCUGGAGGCCCGCUGACUUGUGUACAAAAUGGCUCCUACUAUGUAUAUGGCCUUGUGAGCUGGGGUGAAGGAUGUGGGUUAAGAAACAAGCCCGGAGUUUAUACCCAGGUGACAAAAUUUACCAGUUGGAUUAACGCUGCAAUUCAGUCUUCAUCAAGGUCACGUCAUUAGGAGAGAGCUUUGGAAUGACAAAUGAUCUGAUUUUCAAGCCGUGAAGAUUCUCCCAUCUCAGCUGCUGCCAGACAUUUCCUCUUCCCCUCAUGCUUCUGUCUAAGGUGUGUUUUUUCUGAACUCACCAAAGCUAUUGGUGCGUACUCUUAAAGUCAGUACCAUUUUUCACACACAUAAGAAUCACCACGUGACUGAGUUUGCAAGAUUGCAGCCUUUGGAAUUUCCUGAGGAGGGAGAAUCAGGCAGGAUAAUUAUUUUUAAAAGCACUUUUGUGGGUAAAUAAGUACAAAUUUCAUUAGUGAUGCAUUUCAGAUUGAAAAACCAAACAAACUUUCAGUACUAGAAUUAUCCACUUUAUUCCUGACUAGAGAAUAAUUACAUGUUAUGCUCCAGAUCUACGAUGGUUUAUAUGUACUUAACCAGUGAGAGCUAGUAG